GGAGGGAGGGAGGGAGGGAGGGAGAGAGCGGCCGACUCAGGACUCUGACUCUGCGGCGGACUGAAGCGGCUGCUGAGACGUGAACGAGGCACAGCCAUGUUGGGUGUCUUCACCCUCCUGUCCCUCGGCUCAUUGGUGGCCCUGGUGCGUCCUCCCAACGUCCACGCUGUCCGCUGCAGGCGCUGCUGUGAUCACUUGGAGCCGGCAGAGGGCAGCGGAGACCAGCCGCCCACACGGGGGUUCAACCACGUGCCGGAGGUCCGCACCUACAUCAACAUGACCAUCCUCAAAGGUGACAAAGGUGAACGCGGCGACAGGGGAACCUCAGGUAAAGCUGGACCUGAAGGCCUCCCGGGCUCCAGAGGUCCCAUGGGCUCGAAGGGCUCCAAGGGCCAGGCGGGACUCCCAGGAGACGCCUGCAAAGUCCAGCACUCCGCCUUCUCCGUCGGCCGCCGCAAAUCCCUGCACAGCGUGGAGUCCUACCAGGCGCUGGUGUUCGACACGGUCUUCGUCAAUCUCGACGACCACUUCAACAUGUUCGACGGGAAGUUCCUGUGCCGGGUCCCGGGGAUCUACUUCUUCAACGUCAACAUCCACACGUGGAACUUCAAGGAGACGUACCUGCACAUCAUGCACACCGAGCGCGAGCAAGCCAUCGUGUACGCGCAGCCCAGCGACCGCUCCAUCAUGCAGAGUCAGAGCCUCAUGCUGCGCCUGGAGCUCAAGGACGAGGUGUGGAUCCGCCUGUACAAGAGGGAGAGGGAGAAUGCGAUCUACAGCGACGACGUGGACGUCUACAUCACGUUCAAUGGGUACAUCAUCACCGGCAGCCAGGGGGGGAACUGAGGGGGGGAGCGGACUGACGUGGCAGCAAAAUGCAAUCCGAUGAAAAGUAGUUUCUAUAUUCUAUAUUUAGAUUAAAGUAGAGGUUCAGCUCGUUCCACGGACAAAAGGGUUACCAGAGGACCGGGAUCGACAUACGAGGUCAUUGGACCUAACUAAUGCUUUUCAGAAAUGUGUAAGUUUCUGUUUGCGAUCCCAAAUUGGGCUUCUUAAUUUCAUAAACAUUCGGUGGGGAUUAUGGGGAGAAAACCUCUCAGUAACAGAACAAUGUGGACUGUAGUUGAGUUUCAUAUGUGGUGCUAGAACACGAUACUAACUGAACUACACGUACUGAAAUAUGUAUCGGAUGCACAUAGAUUUAUUUUUUAUUAACUGAGCUAUGUUUUGCUUUAACUUGAAGGUUUUUCUCCCUCUCUCUUUAUCGUAGUAUCAUGUGAGUGAAGAUAAACUGGAAGCCCAACUGCAAUAUAAAGCUAAUUAUAGUAAAUAGACUCAUGUAAGUUGACACAAAUACCUGACAUUAAUACACUCAUAUUAGUUAGGUACUAACAUGAAUACUAUAAAGGCAUUCAUUCCAGUAUUCCAAUUUUAUAAUACUAUGUUAAUAAUACUCAAUUGUAGUACUCCCACUAAUUGGUUUCAACACUAAUGUGUAUUGUUUAUAUUAACAAUGUUUCACUCACAUAUUGAAUGCAGUUCCUCACUGUAACCACUGGAGGGAUGAUUUGCUCUCAUUUCAACCCAACUUUCAGUAAAUGACUCCAAAAAUAAGUCUAAA